AUGGCUGUCAAAGUCAGCAGCAAUCUAUCACCAUUUUAUGUAGAAUUAGCUAAAAAGAAUCUGUCGGAAAAUCCAGCACAUAUUCAAGCACAUUUGACUGCUUUUAAACGAUGGUUAAGCUCAUGUCCACACUUAACAAUACCUCAGGAUGAUGCUUUCUUGCUUGGUUUUCUACGUUACGCGCAUUAUGAUCAUUCCGUUGCACAGAAACGCAUUGAUAAUUUCUGUAGUAUACGUUGUUUAAGUAAACAUGGGAUUACAGAAUGGUAUAAGUAUCCGAAAUUAACUGAUCCCAUUGUAGACAUAUAUUUAGAUGCUGGCAUUCUUGUUCCAUUGGGUAUCGUAGACAGUGGAGUACAUAUUUUUAUACUCAGGUUGAAGGCUUGGCAACCUGAUCUUUUAUCACAAACACAAAUGAGAGCUUUAAAUAAUAUGAAUUUUGAACGUUUUAUAUUGGAUGAACAAUGUCAAAUUGGAGGAGUCGGUAUUUUCAUUGAUUUAUCAGGAACAACAACUAAACAAAUUAGUGAAUGGACUGAUCCAAGAACAGCUAAAAGUUCUAUGAAAUUAUUACAGGAAGCUACUCCUGGACGUACUAAACAUCUUAUAUUUUAUAAAGAAUCGAAAGCAUUCGAUAUAGGUUUCAAAGUUUUUGAAUUUUGGUUAAGUGAUAAAAUGAAACAACGAAUUAUAAGAAUUAAAGAUGACACAGAAAAAGCUUUCAAAAAGAUACCUGGUUUGAAACAAAUCAUGCCGGAAGAAUAUGGAGGGUGUAAUGGUCCAAUUAAAGAUUUAAUCACCUUAGAUAAAAGAAACUUCAAGACAUUUUACUCACAGACAUGUUGCCUAAGUGUUAUAAAAGUCGAUGAAUCUAAACGUCCACUUUCCGCUCAGAAUUACAUGCGAGAAUAUAAAGAUAUGGAAAGUACUACAAUGGGUAAUAAAGGCACAUUUAUUUCACUUAAUCCUGAUGAUUAA